GAUCUUCAGCUGGGAAGUGACCUGAGCCAGCAUUGAGCAGUGACCUCCUCUCCCUUCUUGUAAGGCACCACCCAUGCCACAGUUCCACCAUGCAGUACGGCCAGAUCCUUCACAGGCGCGGCCCGGACGAUAGCUUCCUCAACCUGAACGUGGGUGGCUUUAAGCAGCGCGUGGAGCGCAGUAUCCUGCAGCGCUUCCCCAGGACCCGCCUGGGACGCCUGCUAUGCUGUGUCUCCGAGGAGGCCAUUCUGGAGCUCUGCGACGACUUCAGCCCCACCGACAGGGAAUACUACUUUGAUCGCAACCCGUGUUUCUUCCGCAAUGUCCUCAACUUCUACCACACGGGCAAGAUCCACCUGAUGGAGGAGCUGUGCGUCUUCUCCUUCAGCCAGGAGAUUGAGUACUGGGGCAUCAAGGAGCUCCACCUGGACUCCUGCUGCAGCAACAAGUUUCAGGAGCAGAGACAGUUUGCAGAGGACAAGGACUGGGACCGGAGGAGCGGUGAACAGCAGCAGCAGUUCGGGAGCAUUGACUCGUCCAUGGAGGAGCUCUCAACUAUGGACAAGGACCUGGAGAAGUUCGAGGGUACCUGGUGCUCGGAGGUCCGCAAGAACAUCUGGCUGCACCUGGAGAACCCGGGCUACUCAUGUUUGGCCAAGGGGAUCGCCGUGGCCUCGCUGGCUGUGGUGCUGACCUCCAUCGUGGCCAUGUGCGUCCACAGCAUGCCCGAGUUCCACCAGGUGGACCUUAACGACAAGGAGAUUGAAGACCCGGUGCUGGCCAUCUUCGAGGCUGUGUGCGUCAUCUGCUUCUCUGUGGAGUUCCUGGUGCGGCUGGCAGUGGCGCCGUGCGCCCGUAAAUUCAUGAGCAACGCUCUCAACAUCAUCGACUUUGUUUCCAUCGUUCCCUUCUACGCCACACUGGCCUUUGAGACAGUGGACGAGGAGAACGAGGAACUGGAGAACGUGGGCAAGGUGGUUCAGAUCCUGCGACUGAUGCGAAUCUUCCGCAUCCUCAAGCUGGCGCGUCACUCGGUGGGGCUGCGCUCGCUGGGUGCCACGCUAAGGCACAGCUACCACGAGGUGGGCCUCCUGAUGCUCUUUCUCUCUGUGGGUAUCUCCAUUUUCUCUGCGCUCAUCUACUUUGUGGAGAAGGAGUCAGAAGAGUCAGACAUAACGACCAUCCCCGUAGGCUGGUGGUGGGCCACUAUUAGCAUGACAACAGUGGGCUACGGCGACACCUGCCCGGUGACGGUUGUAGGGAAGCUGGUGGCCACCAUAUGCAUCGUCUGUGGGAUACUAGUGGUGGCCCUGCCCAUCACCAUUAUCUUCAACAAGUUCUCCAUGUACUACCAGAGGCAAAAGGCCAUGGAUGCCAAUCAGAGCAAUAAUGAGACCGACCAAUGCAAUAAUAACAAUAUUAAGAUCCCCGACCCCAGUCUAACAUACUUUAAUGUCGGUGACCAGUACACCUUAAAGAUGAACUCAUUCGUCACCAAUAUCUCUGUCAGGAGCAGCGUCGGCAGUGAUGAAGACACGGAUGCAUCGAGCAUCCAGGGUGGAGAGACGACUUGUAUCCUGAGGGGCACUUGAGAGCUUAACUUACUUGACUUAAACCUUUUUACUCAUUGAGGAGCAUACUGUAGGUCAUCUACAAAUGAUCUUAUUAUUUUUUGUUCCUUCCAUGAGUAGUUCUAUCUCUGCAUUACAGAUCUUCUCCAGGUGUUCCUUAGUCUCCCACGAUUUCUUUUGCCUUGUGGGUUCCAUGUCGGGGACUGGAACAGUGGACUUUCUUUCUUACAGUGUGGACACAGUUGAGAGCGGGAAGGUAAAAUAGGGCCAUCCUGUUUUCACCUGAGGCUUCUUAAAUAAGCUGGACAUGGCAAUAAGCACUUUAUGGUUCUCAGGGUGAAAGUGAGCUGUAUCUCUCCACGCUCUCCUCCUUAGACACUAUGAUCUCUCUACACUCUCCUCCUUAGACACUAUGAUCUCUCUACUCUCUCCUCCUUAGACACUAUGAUCUCUCUACACUCUCCUCCUUAGCCACUAUGAUCUCUCUACUCUCUCCUCCUUAGACAUGAUGAUCUCUCUCCACUUUCCUCACACUAUGUUCUCUCUACUCUCUCCUCCUCAGACACGAUGAUCUCUCUACACUCUCCUUAGCCACUAUGAUCUCUCUACUCUCUCCUCCUUAGACACGAUGAUCUCUCUCCACUUUCCUCAGCACUAUGAUCUCUC